AUGGCUCCCCUAAACAAGCGAUUCUUCUGUUCACUUCUUUCUCUUUCGAUCUUAAUAUCCUUGCAGUCUUCCUAUGCGCAGCUUCUCUUUCAGACCUUCAACUGGGAAUCGUCUAAGAACAGCCAAGGGUGGUACAAUGUCGUGAAGAAGUUGGUGCCUCAGAUAGCGGAGGCUGGGGUCACUCAUGUCUGGCUCCCUCCACCCUCGCAGUCGGUUUCUCCUGAAGGCUACCUGCCUGGAAGGUUAUACGACCUGAAUGCCUCAAAAUACGGGUCGGAGUCCGAACUAAGAGAACUGAUAAGCGAGUUCCAUGCAUCGAACAUCAAGUGCCUUGCGGAUGUGGUGAUGAACCACCGGACGGCAGCCAAGAAGGACGGGCGAGGGAUUUGGUGCAUCUUCGAUGGAGGGAAGGGCGACGGCAGCCUCGAUUGGGGUCCCUGGUCCAUCUGCAAGGACGACAGAGAGUAUUCCGACGGUUCCGGCAACAAUGACAGCGGAGACGGCUACCCUCCGGCACCGGACUUGGACCACCUUAACCAUCGAGUGCAGGCCGAGAUGACGGAGUGGCUCAACUGGCUCAAGACAGACAUCGGCUUCGACGGCUGGCGUCUCGACUUUGCCAGAGGCUACUCACCGGACGUGACCAGGGGCUACAUUGAGCGCGGGGAGCCCCAGUUCGUGGUGGGCGAGGUCUGGACCUCGUUGGGCCAGGACCCUGUUCAGGGCCCAGAGCAACACCGGCAAGAGCUCGACAGGUGGGUGAACGGCGCCGGCGGGGUCGCGACGGCGUUUGACUUCACCACCAAAGGGGUGCUGCAGAUUGCUGUCAACAAUGAGCUGUGGAGGUUGAAGGAUCCUCAGGGAAGGCCCUCCGGGCUGAUCGGAAUAGCACCGCAGAAGGCUGUGACGUUUAUAGACAACCAUGACACAGGAUCCACUCAGAAAAGUUGGCCCUUCCCGUCGGACAAGGUUAUGCAGGGAUAUGCUUACAUUCUCACACAUCCUGGGAUACCAUCCAUUUUUUAUGAUCACUACUUUGACUGGGGGAUGGCGGAAGAGAUCAAGAGGCUGACGAAGAUCAGGGCUGAGAACGGGAUUGAGCCGGGAAGCUCAUGUGAGAUACUGGCUGCCGAUGCAGAUCUUUAUGUAGCUAAGAUUGAAGGGAAGGUCAUCACAAAGAUCGGGUCGAGGUACAACAUGGGGGGCUUGAUACCACCUGGGUUCCAGUUGGCCGCUUCUGGCAAUGGUUAUGCCGUCUGGCAGAUGAACCGUUAA